AUGACACGCGAUCAAGAUACUGAUACUGAUUCCAUCUUAGGUGCGCGGACUGUUUUUAAUGGAACACAGUCUACAGAAAUGUUUUCAGAAGAAACAGUGUCAUUACCAGAACUUGGUCCUGGAGAAAUUCUUGCUAAAAUUCGACUAGCAUCAAUAUGUAUGAGUGAUGUACAUACAAUUAGAGGUCAACGAAUAGAACCAACACCUAGUGUGCUAGGUCAUGAAGCUGUUGUUGAAGUUAUUUCUCAUCGUCGUCCUGAAAGUGAUUUACUUGUAGGCGAUCGUUUAACAUUUUCAGUUGCUGAUUGUUGUAAUAAAUGUGAAUUUUGUUUAAAAGGACUCAACCAAAAAUGUACUAAAUUAUUUAAAUAUGGUCAUGCAAAAUUAAGUGAUGGUUCGGGUUUUAAUGGUUGUUAUGCUUCACAUAUUAUUCUUCGACGUGGUACUCAUGUUGUUAAAAUACCUGAUACAAUAUCAGAUCGAUGUGCAGCACCCAUUAAUUGUUCAUUAGCAACAACAAUGUGUGCAAUGGAAUUUGUACCAAAAAUUAAAAAUGGACGAGCAUUUGUUCAAGGUGAUGGAAUGCUUGGUUUAUAUACUUCAGCAGCUCUUCGUGAGCUCGGAUAUGAUACAGUCUAUUGCUCAGGAACUCGUAUUUGUCGUUCAAAAUUCAUAGAUCGUUUUGGUGCAAUACCACUUUAUAAUGACGAAAUUCUCCUCGAAGAAACAAAUAAAAUUGACGUUAUGGUUGAAGUAUGUGGUGUAUCCGAAGUAGUUAAUGAUGGUAUUCGAUUAUUAAAACCAGGCGGUAUAUAUCUUUUUCUUGGUAUGGUUCAUCCACAUUCUGUGUUAAAUAUAACUGGCGAACAAAUAAUACGUAAAUGUCUCACAAUAAAAGGUAUCCAUAAUUAUGCUCCACGUCAUCUUGACCAAGCAGUUGACUUUCUUGAAAAAACAAUUAAUAAAUAUCCGUAUGAAGAAGUCAUGGGACCUACCUAUGACCUAUCGGAUUUAUUAGGUGCUACGAAAUUAGCUAUGGAAAAAGUUUAUAGUCGAGUUUUAGUGAAAUCAAAUAUGAUAUGA